AUGAGCGAGCGGAAUUACGAGCAACGGUGUGCGAUCAAGUUCUGUUUGAAACUUGGCUACAAUGCGACUAAGACUCUGACAAAACUCCAACAGGCCUACAGUGAUGCUGCUUUGUCAAGAGCCCAGGUGUUCAAGUGGUUCAAGGCAUUUUCCGAAGGUCGGGAAUCAGUUGAAGAUGAGUCUCGGUCUGGAAGGCCAUCAACGUCGAGAAAUGACGAAAAUGUGAAACGAAUUCGAGAUCUUGUGCGGUCUGACCGUCGGUUAACUGUCAGAUUAAUCGCAGACGAGCUGAAUUUGAACCAUACGACCGUCCACGAAAUUCUGAUCAACGAACUGGGGAUGAGAAAAAUUUGUGCGAAAAUGGUACCCAAAAAUCUCACUCCUCAGCAAAAAGAAAACAGAAAGAAGUGUGCCGCGAUCUUUUGGAGCGGAUUGAAAAUGAUCCAGAUUUUUUCAAAAAUGCGAUCACAGGCGACGAGACGUGGGUCUUUGAGUACAAUCCCGAAACCAAAAGAUAAAGUAAAGAGUGGCACACUGCAAACUCACCACGGCAGAAAAAAGCGAGAAUGA